UAACUCGGAAGGGCAAAAUAGAUAUUUACAAAAAAGCGAAUUAACUAUGAAAAGGGAUACGGGACACAGGGACGAUUAUAGUUUUAAUAAAGCUAGUGAUCAAGAAUACGAAACAUAAUUAUAAUACAUGCAGACGGGCUGGUAAAGCAUUGUUCAUCGAGCUGAUAACGAAAUGAUUAGUCAGCUAUCUAGGUUGUAACCCUGGUCACUCCGAGCAGCUGGUCAUGAUAAAAAAAUAUAUGAAAUGUUCAGCUGUACAUAAUCUAUACAUAAGUGAUAAGUAAGAGGUAUUUUGCUGUGCAAUUUAGUUGCUUCUUCUCUUCCGUUAACUUGUAAAUUGUUGUAAUUUCCCGUAUAACCGGUGUAGAUUUAUCGUUAAAUGCAGAAAGCCGUUUGCCAUAAUUGCAUUUUGUGCUAUAUAAUCUGUGAGUGCUAGAACAUCAUGGCAUCGUCUCCUACACCUACUAAGUAUAUCCUCGGUAUAGACAUGGGGACAACUUCAGUCAAGGUGGUGCUGCUCGAUAGUCACUUAAGGAAAGUGACAGACGCUUGCAGCCUGCCCACAACCGCUGACACCAGCAACCGUGACGGAAAAGUCAUGGAACAGGAUCCUGGGAAAAUCAUAGAUACUCUAAAUCAGUGCAUGACUUCAUUGCCCAGAGACAAACUCCGAAAUGUCACCAGAGUUGGGGUGUCUGGACAAAUGCAUGGGGUGAUGUUUUGGAAGACAAAAACAGCUUGCUGUUGGGACCAAGGAGAUGAUGGUCACAUGUUCAGGACCAAAGAUGUGAGUCAGCUGAUUACUUGGCAGGAUGGUCGGUGUAGCAGCGACUUCCUGUCCUCACUUCCAAAGCCAGACUCACACCUUAGUGUGGCCACAGGCUUUGGGUGCGCUACCAUCUUCUGGUAUCUCCAAAACAGGCUGGAGUUUUUGGCUGAAUUUACCUCAGCAGGGACCAUCCAUGAUUACGUGGUAACUAUGCUGUGUGGCUUGGACAGAUGCUUGAUGUCCACCCAAAACGCUGCUAGCUGGGGAUACUUCAACACCAGCACUAACCAGUGGAACUUGGACAUUCUGAGCAGCGCUGGCUUCCCCAUGGAGCUACUGCCAGAGCCUGUGGCCCCUGGAUCCCGUGCAGGAUUUACCUGCUCCAAAUGGCACGGGAUCCCUGUAGGAACCCCCGUCGGGGCGGCCCUGGGAGAUUUCCAAUGUGCCGUUUAUUCCUGCAUGGUGGACAGGACAGAUGCAGUACUGAAUAUUAGCACUUCGGCCCAGCUAAGCUUCGCUAUGCCAGCAGAAUUCCGGCCCCCGCAUGUUCCCGAUCCCAGCUCUCUGGUCUCCUACUUCCCUUAUUUCGAUGGUGUUUUCCUGGUGGUAGCAGCGUCCCUCAAUGGAGGAAAUGCAGUGGCUACCUUUGUGGAUAUGCUAACGGCAUGGAUGAAGGAACUUGGAGUGGAAAUAAGCAGCUCUUCUAUUUACUCACAAAUGAUUGAAGCCGGUUUAAACCAGAACAGCAGUGACCUGAAGGUGAGGCCAACCAUUCUGGGCGAAAGGCACGAUACCAGCUGCUUAGGCCUGGUGUCCAACAUCUCGGCCUCCAACGUCUCUCUGGGUCACCUGACCCGGGCACUGUGCCAGGGGAUUGUGGAGAACAUAGUCGCAAUGCUGCCCCCCCAGCUUCUGCUGGAGUCGGGGGUGAAGAGGAUUGUGGGUAGUGGCAGUGCUCUCAUCCGUAACGAGGUGCUCAGACAGGAGGCAGAGAGGGCUUUCCCAUUUCCUGUACAGUACAGUGAAGAUGCAGACUCCGCUGUUGGCGUCGCCAUGAUUUUGAGUGACAGAAUGUGAUUGACCAUUCAGACCAAAAUAAUGCACAUGUUCUGGAAUGGUCACUGUCUGAUGAGCCUACUAUCAAGGGUUGAUCAGUAAUAUGCUUUCAGAAAUGACAUCUGGGUGGUAAUUCUGGUGAAAUUGCCCAAGAUGAUGGUUCGUUUACAGGUAAUCUGUACACUAUUUAAAUUUCAAGACUAUGUAGCAUUACAGGAUAAUACAGGGCUUAAUGAAUCCUUUAAAUAAAAUUAGUAAAAUAUGCGGUUGGCUGCAAGAUAUCACAUCGCAAUAUACUCACGAUUAUAUUGUGCAUGUGUGAUAAUCAACAGGAUUUUAGAUGACAGGAGGAUUAGUUCAAACGGCAGCUUUUCUGUACUAUACAUUUACAUACACCCACAAUUUAGUAAGCAGAUUACUAGAAAAUAUUAAUGUUUUGUGACACCCAAAACUUAGCAAUCUCUAUAAAUUCAGGGUAUCCUCAUAUUUAUUAAAUUUGGUUAGUGGAGCUCCACAUACUACUGUUUUGGUAUAUCAUGGAAGUCAUAAGCACUGAGGUGACAGCUCAGCAGCCAAAUAUCUUUUGAAAGCGGAAAUAUUGUGGAUAUAUUGUGGUGGCAGUGGUGGCUUAAUGGUUAGGGAAGCGCACUCGUAAUCGGAAGAUUGCAGGUUCAAAUCCCCGACCAGGAAGACACCACUGAGAUACCCUGAGCAAGGUACCGUCCCCAAGCACUGCUCC